AGAUUUCGAAACCAGAUAUAGUGAUGUCAUCCAUGCUUACGUGAGGUUUUUCAUAUCUGUAUUUGUUGAAUUAAUGAUGCAAUUCGUGCUUUAACCACUUGCUUAUAAUAUUCCAAUACAUGCAUUUGAUUCCAACAUCCUUCCUGCAUAUAACUAUGACCAUUGACCAAGACUCAGAUCCAGAGAGAGAGAGAGAGAGAGAGAGAGAGGCUGCAGCAGCCACCCCAUAAGCAUAGGUAACUUAUCAGUUGCUGCCUGAUUUGUAAUAUAUGCAUUUGUAUGCAUAUAAUCACUUCUUUUCUCAUCUUUGGUUUCCCAACAGCCACUCCUCAAAACUGAAUCCCAUUCAGCCUACAACCAUGGAAGAAUUCACUUAUAAAGAAAAGGUGGGAAAUCUUCAGUCGGAGUUGCAACGGUUAGGUAAGGAGAAUGAAAAUCUAAGAUUCAUCCUAGAAGUUAUGACCAGUGGAUGCAAAAUCCUUCAAGCCCAACUCCAGAAUAUAAAAGAAGAUCAAAUUAGAAGUGUCCUAAUAGAGAAUGAACCAAGAUAUGAUUCAGAAAAGAGGGGGAGGACCCAUGUUUCAGUGACCAAGCCUUCACAAAUUUUCUUCAGAACCGACCCAAAUGACAAGAGCUUGAUGGUGAACGAUGGAUUUCAAUGGAGAAAAUAUGGCCAGAAGGUCACUAAAGAUAAUCCAUCACCUCGAGCUUAUUACAGAUGUUCAAUGGCUCCCUCUUGCCCAGCCAAGAAGAAGGUAUAUUCAAAUCCUUUAUUGUGA